AUGCCUCCGGGCAUGCCCACUGCUGCCGUUCCCGUCGACUCGUCAUCUGGCCUCUGGGACCGGCUAACGAACUGGACCUCUGAAAACAAGGCCGUGGCCUACACCAUUGCUGGUGUCGCCGUGGUUGUCACCGGCGCCGGUGUCGUCUACUACCUCAAUGAUUCCUCCAGCUCAGCUCCUAAAUUGAGCAAGAAGGAGAGGAGAAAGCGAAAAGAGGCAGACCGUAAGGUUGCCGAGUCCAAGGAUACCGCCACUACUGGCCCCUCGCAGCCCCAAACCGCCUCGGUCCAGAGCGAAUCCGAGCUGCCAGAGAUCGAUGAGCAGACCGUCACUACCCUGUCCCAGCCCCAGCGCGAAGAAUUUGCUGCGAAGCUGAAGCAGGCCGGUAACAAGGCCUACGGAGACAAGGCAUACAACCGUGCCAUUGAGCUGUAUUCCAAGGCCAUUCUCUGCAAGCCCGACCCCGUCUUCUACUCCAACCGAGCAGCCUGCCACAGCGCCAUGAGCGAAUGGGAUGAGGUUAUUGAGGACACCACCGCCGCCAUCAACAUGGACCCCGAAUACGUCAAGGCCAUCAACCGCCGCGCCACUGCCUACGAGCACCAGAAGAAGUACUCCGAAGCUCUUCUCGACUUCACCGCCUCAUGCAUCAUCGAUAACUUCAAGAGCGAGUCGACCGCCCAAGCCGUCGAGCGACUACUCAAGACUUUCGCCGAGCAGAAGGCCAAGGAGAUGAUGGCAAACCGACCACCCAAGCUGCCCAGCCCGAUCUUCGUGGGCAACUACCUCCAGAGCUUCCGACCCAAGGACCGACCGGAGGGGCUCGAGGACUCGGUUGAGCUGGCUUCCGACAGUGGCAAGGGUCAGAUGCAGCUUGGUCUCCAGUCUUUGGAAAAGAAGACUGGUGACGGCUAUGAGGAGGCACGACAGGCUUUCGAGCAGGCUAUUCAGAUCGGUGGCUUGGAAGAGUACGAGGCUCUGGCUUAUAACAUGAGGGGUACCUUCCGAACCCUGCUGGGUAACCACGCCGAGGCCACCCAGGACUUCGAUAAGAGCAUUGAGCUUGACCCCUCCAUGACCCAGAGCUAUAUCAAGCGUGCCAGCAUCAGCCUCGAGCUUGGUGAGCCCGACAAGGCCGAGGAGGAGUUUGCCAAGGCGCUGGAGCAGGACAACAACGAUCCCGAUGUUUACUACCACCGCGCUCAGGCCCACUUCAUCAAGGGCGACCUGGCUGAUGCCCAGAAGGACUACCAGAAGUCUAUUGACCUGGACAAGGACUUCAUCUUCUCUCACAUCCAGCUUGGAGUGACACAGUACAAGAUGGGCUCCAUCGCUUCCUCCAUGGCCACCUUCCGACGAUGCAUCAAGAACUUCCCCAAGGUGCCCGACGUCUACAACUACUACGGUGAGCUGUUGCUCGACCAGGGCAACUUCUCUGAGGCCAUUGAGAAGUUCGAUACCGCCAUGGAGAUGGAGAAGCAGACUAAGCCCAUGUCGAUGAACGUUCUGCCCCUUAUUAACAAGGCCCUUGCCCUGUUCCAGUGGAAGCAGGACUUCAAGGAGGCGGAGAAGCUCUGCCAGAAGGCUCUCAUUAUUGACCCCGAGUGUGAUAUUGCCGUUGCCACCAUGGCUCAGCUCCUCCUCCAGCAGAACAACGUCCCCGCGGCCCUCAAGUACUUUGAGCGCGCUGCGGAGCUCGCCCGCACCGAGGGAGAGAUCGUUAACGCCCUUUCUUACGCCGAGGCGACGCGAACACAAGUUCAGGUCACCGAGAAGUACCCCAAGCUGGCUGCCAAGCUGGCUGGCGGUGCUGGUGGCCCCGGCGGCCUACGCAUGGGCCCUUAA